CAAAAACCGCCGUAAACAACAAUAAGGAAGUGGAGGCGGGAUGGAGUCCCUUUAGGACGCAGCAUUGGGAUUAUAAUGCUGUAGCGUUUAAUUAUCACACACGACACCAGCGAUGGAGGGCUCCAAAACGUCGAGCACGACCAUGCAGGUGAGCUUUGUGUGUCAGCGCUGCUCCCAGCCGCUGAAACUGGACACAUCCUUCAAUGUUCUCGAUCGGGUCACCAUCCAGGAGCUCAUUGCUCCAAUAGUCUCAGUGACCCCCAGCAAACAGUCUGACAACAGCGGAGGGGAGACGGCGCCAGAGGAAACGUUUGUUGAAAACAAGCAGGAUGGAGUUUCGAGAAAAUACAUCCCUCCUGCACGAAUGAUGUCAACAGAGAGCGCCAACAGCUUCACACUCAUUGGAGACGCAUCUGAUGGCGGCACCAUGGAAAACCUUAGUCGUAGACUGAAGGUAACUAGUGACCUGUUUGACAUCAUGUCGGGCCAGACAGAUGUGGACCAUCCACUGUGCGAGGAAUGUACCGACACUCUGCUGGACCAGCUAGACACGCAGCUCAACAUCACAGAGAACGAAUGCCAGAAUUACAAGCAGUGUCUGGAGCUGCUAUCGCACCUGCAGGUGGAGGAUGAGGAGACCCUGUUGGCAGAGCUACAGCAGCUCAAAGAGGAGGAGGAAAAACUGGUUCAGGAGCUGGAGGCUGUGGAGGAGCAGAGGGCUACUGUGGCCCAGGACAUGGCCCAGAGCAGGAUCCAAGCUCAGCAGCUCGACACAGAGGAGCUACAAUACCAGAAGGAGUACAGCGAGUUUAAACGGCAGCAGCUAGAGCUGGAUGAUGAGCUCAAGAGUGUUGAUAACCAGAUGCGCUACUGCCAGAUUCAGCUAGACCGCCUGAAAAAGACCAACGUUUUCAAUGCUACAUUUCACAUUUGGCACAGCGGCCAGUUUGGUACCAUCAACAACUUCCGCCUGGGCCGACUCCCCAGUGUCCCGGUGGAGUGGAACGAGAUCAAUGCAGCCUGGGGACAGACGGUGCUUCUGCUGCACGCUCUCGCCAACAAAAUGGGGCUGCGCUUUCAGAGAUAUCGUCUUGUCCCAUAUGGAAACCACUCAUACUUGGAGUCACUGACGGAUAAGUCAAAGGAGCUCCCACUGUACUGCUCAGGUGGACUGAGGUUCUUCUGGGACAAUAAGUUCGAUCAUGCCAUGGUGGCCUUCCUGGACUGUGUCCAACAGUUCAAAGAGGAGGUGGAAAAAGGAGACACUGGCUUCUGCCUCCCCUACAGAAUGGAUGUGGAGAAGGGCAAGAUCGAAGACACGGGUGGCAGCGGAGGCUCCUACUCCAUCAAAACUCAGUUUAACUCUGAGGAGCAGUGGACGAAAGCGCUCAAGUUUAUGUUAACCAAUCUGAAGUGGGGACUGGCUUGGGUUACCUCACAGUUCUACAACAGAUAAAACAGCUAGACAGUGUCAAUAUUUGAUUAGUCACAUUUACAUCUGUUGAAGGAAUAUCAUGCGAUAUAUAUUUGGAUACUUUAGCCAAAGGAAAAGAAUGGUUAAGUCUGCACUAUACAGCAAAAAGCUUUGAGUGAUAUCGAACCCUUUUUUUACAAGUUACAGAGAAUCCAUUAAAGUCUAUUUUGCUGCAACAGGGAGAUUUAAAAUUGUUGGUUCACUUAAAAAAAAAAAAAAAAAAAAAAAAAUUAAUACAGUUGUAGAUAUCCCCCUCAAAUAAAGCAGGACGAUGUUUCAUUUAGUUCUUGCCUGCUUUAUUAAUACUAGGAUAUGCUUUCAAUAUUUCCAAGUUUGAUGUAUUGUCCACUUCCUGUUGCCCCUCACCUUUUAAAAUUUAAAGGCUAUGUGUAAUAGUUGGAGUAGAUUUUAGUAUUUGAUUAUUCAACAAGUCAGUAUUUCAUUAACAUUGAAUGCAAUUACCAGAUUUAUCAUACACAUAACUGCUGGAGGUGCACUGAUGCUUCAGCCUUGUGUUCAUACUCUGUACCAAAUGUUUAAUAAUGGAAUUGACUUAAUAAAACUCGGUUUGGAAGAAAA